AAACAAAGCCUAAGUUUAUAGCUAUGGAUAUUUUAAUUUUCUUUAUUUAUUUCACAUAUAAGUAAGUCCUUACCCCGCUCAUGAUGACGACGUGUGACCGCUUCCAACCCCAUUAUUUUUUGUCGUCACCUGGCCAACCUCUGUUUCCCACAAUGCUUGUAUCGGCUUUGCGCGCCGGCAACCAAACUAGAGAAAAUUAAAUCUGGGGAAGAAUAAGGAACGUAAUUAGAGAUGACGAGAGGAGAAUAUCAGUGUGAAACGGAAACCCAUGUUUUGAUGUUUCCAUUGCCUGCUCAAGGUCACGUCAACUGUAUGCUUCAACUGGCGGAGCUUCUGGUUCUCUCCGACGUCCAUGUCACCUUUCUCAACACAGAGCACGUCCACCACCGCCUCCUUCGUUUCGCCGAUGUCCCUUCUCGUUUAGCAGCCUAUCCCACUCUCCACUUUGAGACUUUCUCCGACGGACUUCCCUCCGACGACCCCCGACACGGAGACAAUUUAGGCGAACAUAUCAAACAGGUGAAUUUGACCGCUCUGCCUCAGUUGAGGGAGAUAUGCAUGGAAGAUUCUGGAAAGCCUAGGUUCAGCUGUAUCGUUGGAGAUGGCAUCUUUGGACGCCUCACCUACGAACUAGGACAAGAACUCGGGAUUCCGGUAGUUUAUUUCCGUACCGUUAGUGCUUGCAGUUUUUGGGCUUAUUUUUGCGCUCCGAGGCUACUUGAAUGCAACGAACUUCCUAUUCGAGGUGAAGACGACAUGGAUCGCAUGAUAACCAGUAUCCCUGGUAUGGAAAACUUGGUUCGAUGUCGGGAUCUCCCCAGUUUCUUUCGAGGAACACAUAACGGUAACCUUCCUCUAGAACCUGUGGUGUUCGAGACCCAUCAAUCGCUGCGAGGACAAGCUCUGAUUUUAAACACAUUUGAAGACUUAGAAGGCCCGGUCCUCUCCAAGAUUCGCCUUCACUUUCCCAGACUCUACGCCCUCGGCCCUCUCCACGCACACCUUACCUCCAGAAAAGCCGCCAAAACGAUGUCGUCGGAGGAGAAACCGGCAGCUUCCUUCAUCAGCAGUCUCUGGGAAGUGGAUAGAAGCUGCAUGACGUGGCUCGACGCUCAGCCACCUAAAUCGGUGAUAUAUGUGAGCUUCGGAAGCAUAACCACAAUCUCGAGAGAUAUGCUCAUGGAGAUAUGGUACGGUUUAGUGAACAGCAAGAAACGGUUCUUGUGGGUGAUCCGACCCGACAUGGUGGCAGAACAAGACGGGAAGGAUCUGCCAUUGGAGCUUGUGGAAGGGACGAAGGAGAGAGGGUGCAUGGUGGGUUGGGCCCCACAACAGGAUGUUCUUGCACACGCGGCGAUUGGUGGGUUCAUGACACACAGUGGAUGGAACUCGACGUUGGAGGGCGUGGUAGCCAGCGUUCCGAUGAUAUGCUGGCCAUACUUUGCAGACCAGCAGAUAAACAGCAGAUAUGUGAGUGAGGUGUGGAAGAUAGGGUUAGAUAUGAAGGACACGUGUGAUAGGAAAGUUGUGGAGAAGAUGGUAAAUGAUGUGAUGGAGGAGAGGAGGGAGGAGUUUGAGAAAUCAACGCAAGCUAUGGCCAACUUGGCCAAAACGAGUGUACGAGAAGGUGGAUCUUCCUACUCUGAUUUUGACCGUUUGGUUGAGUUCUUGAAAUUACUUGGUACUCGGCAAAAGCAAAGUUGACGGCGGAGAAUCUUUCUUGUUUCCUUCUUCGGCCAUGGAUGGACUUUCAUGGCCGAUUCUUCUUCCACUUUGUGAAGUUAUCACUUCAUACUACCCUGAUUAUGAUUUAUAAUUUAUAAU